UGCUGGUGUGAUGUCCCGCGUCAGCUUCGCGAGGCUCCGAUGGAUGUUCACCGAAGCGGGGAACCACGCGGUGACAGCGCGCAUACGGCGGAGCGCGAAGAGCCCUGCGCUGAGGCUCGCGCCGCGGGUCAGCUCCGGGAAGACAUCGGCGGUAAUUACUUGGUGGAUCCAGAGCCUUUGGGGUUUCUCGCAGUUCGCUGGAGUCCUUGACUUGACGGUUGCUUGGAGAAAGGCUGUCGCCAGUCCUCCUCCCGAAUCCUGAUCUUGUGCAUCUUACCCCGCCCCGGCCAGUGGCCGCGUGAGUCCUUGGCUGCAUACUACACGGUUCUACCACUCGCUGGCGCACGCAUAGCACUGGCAUUGUGCAGUCGUGCUGAUGGCAAAA